AAAUGUAAGAUAACUAAAAACAAUCAACCUAACGAUAAGUUUCGUGUUUUUCGUGUUUCUGAACUGAUUAACAUCUCCGCUCAGUUGCUCAUUAUGCGACUUUAAAUGUGUGUCUUGUGUGGGGGUUAAAAGAAGCUUGAAUUCACAUUGAACUUUUAGGGAAUGUGGAGGAAAAAACGCCAAAGUGUAACUGAGGAGAGAGGACACUGGAGCAGCAAGGUGGAGUAUCUUCUGGCUAUUGCCGGGAACAUUGUGGGCCUGGGCAAUGUGUGGAGAUUUCCGUACUUGUGCUACAAAAACGGCGGCGGUGCAUUCCUGGUGCCGUAUCUGGUAUUUGUGGUGACAUGCGGCGUCCCGCUAUUCCUUUUGGAAACCGCCAUGGGCCAGCAUACCCAAGAGGGCGCCAUCACCUGCUGGAGGAAGCUGUGCCCCCUGGCUGAAGGUAUCGGCUAUGGGGGGCAAGUGAUCCAGUUCUACAGCAGCAUGACCUACACGAUUAUUAUGGCAUCGACUCUUUUCUACCUGGCGUUCUCCUUUAUCUCUCCACUGCCCUGGAGCACCUGCGACAACUACUGGAACACAGGUGAGGUCCAGCACACAAUGCAUCAUGUCCCUUUUUGGUCAAGAAACUCUGACCUGUCCUAUUAUCUUGUCAUGAGACAAGACUGAAUAAAUGGCAUUUUGCUACAAAGUUAAGUUGUCAUCUUACAACUUUGAUUAAGGCGUAGUCAUUCCUGUCAAGUGUCAAGUCAAACUGAGCCAAAUUUAUGUAUACAGCUCUCAAUUACGGAAGCGUCUCAAAGACAAAAGCAUGCAUUGACAAAUGAACCACCUGGACUAAAUGCCAUUUGCAUUUGUGGGAAUAGGAACUGGGACGGCCCACAAAUGUCGAAAGUCUGCGUGUAAUUGACGGCUAUUGAAAUGCAUAUGGAAUAGAUAUGGCCGCACUGCUCACAACCGAAUGCUGCAAACACAGGAAUGAUG